AUGCUUGUAGAGGGGGCGGCGGCAGACAAGUGGCGGAAGGACUUGAUCAAUUACUCGCUGCAUCGAUCAAUCACCAACAAUCGUUUCCCCAGCCAGAACUUGAAACCACCGAAACGCCAAAGGCGCAAAGCACGCUCUGCUCGGCCGCACGUGCGACGUCCUGGUAGUUCCGGGCGGAAGGGAAACAGAGGGUCCGGGUUUAAGCAAUCCCAAUUCAAAAAAGAUGUCAACCAGUAUUACUCUACUGUUGAGAUACGCAAGCCCUUCGGUGUAACUGAUGGUCUGCAACGAGUCAAUGAGGAAACCGUUAAUGCCUCACUUCGCUGGUCAAAGUUUGUGACCGACCACGAGUUGGCCUCGCGGGACAUACACUAUGAAAAGGUGUUACUCGGGGACGAACAUGGCCUUCAGGGCCGAUUCCAACAGUUGGUGGGGCAGACCAUUGGAGCGGCCCUGGACGCUCAAGAUAUCGGUAUAAGUUUCGGUGAUUUCAACAAAGGCUCUGGUGUUGCUUACGACAAAGUCCCGGACUGCGCCCUCAUUGCCACGAACUAG